CUUGGGUUGUAUUGCUGCGGAAGUAAGAGCCAUGAGCCUCUUCAGUCCCAGGGAGCGGCUCCGCACUAUGGCAGUGCCAUUAUUUGGCAGAAGCCGAGUCGGCAGCGUAGCAGAUACAGUAGACGUGGACAGUAUAAAAUUGACAAACUACACAGACACGGUGCACCACUUGGACAAGUUCUAUGGUCAAGUGAAACGGCAACUGCUCAACUUCCAAAGCCCAACAACAGGACUAUUUCCACGGCUUUCUCGAGAUAAAGAACAUGGGUAUGUUCGUGACAGCAUCUACUGUGCUGUUGCUAUAUGGAGCCUUUACCAGUCCUACAAGAGGAUUGAUGACGAUCGUGGGAAAUCGUACGAGCUGGGCCAGAGUGUUGUUAAGUGUAUGCGUGGCAUAUUGUUUUGCUGGAUGCGACAGUCCAAGGACAAGAUGGAAAAAUUUAAAGUGGAGCAAGGGCCGCAGCAUGCUCUGCACUCAAUCUUUCAUCUGAAAACUGGCAUGACAGUCAUUCCUGAAAGUGAUUAUGGGCACCUACAGAUCGAUUCAGUGUCGCUUUAUCUACUGUAUCUUGUUCAAAUGAUCACCUCAGGGCUACAGAUCAUUUAUACAAUGGAUGAAGUGAACUUUGUACAGAACUUGGUGUACUAUGUUGAAAGAGCUUACCGCACACCAGAUUUUGGGGUUUGGGAAAGGGGCAGCAAGUAUAACAAUGGCACCCCUGAGAUUCACUCAAGCUCAAUUGGCAUGGCAAAAUCUGCUCUGGAAGCCAUCAAUGGUUGCAACUUGUUUGGCGACAAAGGCGCGUCAUGGUCUGUCAUCUAUGUGGAUGUUGAUGCUCACAACCGCAACAGAAGUAUUUUUGAGACAUUACUGCCCAGAGAGUCGAGCUCAAAGAACACUGACACUGGGCUCCUCAUGGCUGUGAGCUUUCCAUGUUUUGCCACCCAUGAUGACUACCUGUACAAACGCACAAAGGAUAAAAUAAUACGAAAGCUUCAUCGGAGUAAUUAUGGCAUCAAGAGAUUUUUACGAGAUGGCUAUGGCACUGUGCUUGAAGACAGAAGCCGGAAAUACUACACAUCAGGGGAAACCAAAGCAUUUGAAAAUAUCGAGUCGGAAUGGCCAAUGUUUUUUAUUCUUAUGAUACUUGAUGGUAUCUUCAAGGGCUUGGAUGAUCAAGUUCAGAAGUACAAGCAGCUACUAGCACCAAGAUUGAAGAGGGACAAGUAUGGAGAUGGCACUGUAGAUUCUCCGUCAAGAAAGCCCAAAGACUACAUUGUGCCUAUGUACUUCUACGUCCCCAAGGAGUUCCUUGAUGCGGAACGAACAGAUCCAGGAUCACAGCCCAGGUUGCCAAGCCCUGAAGGGGACGUGGACAACUUGUUCAUGAUGGGCCAGGCAUUGUACAUAAUCUCCAAGCUUUUAUUGGAGGGCCUCUUGCACAUCUCUGAACUGGAUCCAGUACGACGGUACUUGCCCUCUUGUAAUCGGCCUAGACGAACUGACAGAUACUCGGCGUUUCAGGGAAAGGCAGUUAGUGCAGCCACAGACCUGGUGGUUCAAGUGGUGCUGAUAGCCGAGAGCAUGCGGCUACAGGCUAUGAUGGCAACAUAUGGCAUCCAGACUCAGACACCGCAUGAAGUAGAACCUGUCCAGAUAUGGUCUCCAAAGCAGCUGAUGAAGGUCUACGAAUUCCUAGGUGUGAACCGGAAGCUUGGCUUGAAGGGAAGACCGCAGCGUCCAAUUGGUGCGUUAGGAACAAGCAAGCUGUAUCGAAUAUGUGGGCAGACGGUGUUGUGCUAUCCGCUUAUCUUUGAGGUCAACGACUUCUACCUCUCACAUGACAUGGCUCUACUCAUCGAUGAUAUAAAGAAUGAGCUGACGUUUGUUGGAAAGUACUGGCGCAUGUCUGGUAGGCCCACGCUUGCCAUUGUUAUCAGAGAAGACAAUAUGAGAGAUGCCCACUUCAAGGAACUGCUAGACCUCCUAGCGAUGCUGAAAAAGGGCCACUGUGAUGGGCUGAAAGUGCGUUUGGGAAGGCUACAAAAUCUCAUUUCUUCAUCAUGCAUUGAGCACUUGGAUUUCCUGCACCUGCUGCCACAUGAUGCCCUUCCCAAGUUUGAUGCCUUCCAGCAGCUUGAACAUACCAACACUGGCUACCAGAGCCUAACUGAUGUGUCCAAGGUCCACAAAUACAGCGAGCCAUCUUAUGAUUAUUCGUCAUUCUUUUCAAAGUCAAACAACGAAAUCAUAGAGGCCUUGGUCAGUGUGGACACACUGAAUGGUCAGAGCCAACUGCUGGGCAUAUUGUGGAGCAGAGUGAGCCCAAGUUUCACCAUAGACGGAGUGAUGCUCAAGGACAGGCUGGAAAAGCUGACAAGACAGGCAGGUGCACUCAAACACUGGGCAGUCGUGCGUCGCUGCUCCAGCAUAUUGGGAAAGGUUGUGGACAGUCUCAGUCCUUACAUCACAGCCAUUUUGGUCAAUGGAAAACAGAUCACUGUGGGUGUCUUCGGCCGAGACGAAGCUGUUAUUGAUAAGCCAUUGACCCCAAAGGAGAUUAAGAGCAUCAUCUAUGCACAGUGCAAAGAUCAUGUGUACCAUUCAGUACUGCUUCAAGAAGUCAUUGUUUAUGUCGGUCGCCUCAUCUCCACCACACCAAAGCUCUUUGAGGGCAUCCUCAAGAUCAGAAGUGGGUCUGUACUCCAUGCAAUGAAUCUGUACCUCAAGUUCACACAAGCUGCUCCUCCGACACUAGAAAGUCUUUCUCCAAGUGAGCUGAGGAAAGUUGUGUACAACGUGUUCACACUGCGUGACAGCACUGAUGUCAAGUUGUCCCAGCAUUGCACGAGACAGAUAGAAGGGGCACUAUGCAGAGUGCCCAAGGACUUCUUUGACAGAGUGUGGGAUGUCAUGACACGGACCCCGGGAGGAAUUGUUGUUGCUGGGCAUCAUCUACCACAGCAACCUACACUGAGUGAAUUAACCAUAUAUGACUUAAACUUUGCCCUUCAAGUGGAAAUGCUACUGAGCCACGUCUCUUUACCAGAAUACCGACAUGUCAUGAUCGAGCUUCUCAUGGUGAUUGAUGUGAUCUUGAAAAGGAAUCCAGAGUUCUCAUUUAGUGAGAAAGUUGACCUGGAUGUGUUGAUUGAAGAUGCAUUUAAGAUCUUCAAGAAUGAGCAGCACCCUGAAGAGUCUGAUGCGAAGAAUAUGACAUCCUUCUAUGACUCUCCGUCAUCUGUGACGUCAUGCUACCUUUCACGUGGAAUUAUGACACGUCUGCUUACUUCUGGCAUAGAAAACCUGAGCACAGAAGAGUGCUGUAUAUCUUAAAGGGUCUUGCACAUUAGUGGUCUGAAAGUUAUUUCUUAUAUAAUCACACCUUUGGCACCCUGGUCCUGUUAUCCAAUCUAGUCCACCUUGCAGUCUGGUGUGUUGAACUUGUUGAUGUAGUAGUGAAUUUGAAAUAUACUGCUCUGUACUACUUUCACAUACUUUUAUUUUUCCUUGCGAAAUACUGUUAUUACAGGUCGAGGCCAUCAUGCAGAAUUAGUUCAACCGAGUGCUUCAUCAUAAUAUGGACUUUGAUUUUGAGACAGGGACUACCUAGUCAUCCAACUGAACUAUGUUUAGGUGUAAGAACUUUUUUUUUUUAGUUUGUCCACAAUGUUUCCCCUGGUUAUAGUUAUGAGCUUUGCUUUUGAGACAAUGACUUUAAUCAACUAAUGAAACUAUGCGUGGGUGAAGAACUUUUCUUAAUGCUUUGAUGAGCACAGCAAGAGAAUGGAUUGCUUUGUGUCUGAAGCAUUGCGAGUGCGUCUCUGAUCAGGUAUUGUUCAAGAAAAAUCAAAUCUUAAAUCUGAUUAACAUUCUGUGUGGGUGAAGAAUGUGGGACAUUUAUGUGUGCCACUAUCCAACUAGCCCAUUUUUAUCGAGAAGAGCAUUACAUGGCGGUGUAGUCUUCUACCUCCUCAUGGCUGUAUGUAAAACGAUCAGAAGUAACCUGUGUGCACUAGUAUACUAUACUAGCAGCAUUCGCAUGUUUUGCAAGUGUUUGUUGUGCUUAUUAAGCACCCUUUCUACUGCACUGUCUUUCAGGACUGCUCAGUAUUACAGUAGUUCUCAGAAAACAGAUGCUUCAUGGAAAGCCUCAGACGCUGUGCAUUUCUCAUAUGUAGUGAUGUGUGUGUGUGUGUGGCUAAUAAAUGGAUAAUCUAUUAUUGGUAGGUGUGCGGUAUAGCAAAUUGAAACGCCUAACCUCACCAAAAUCAUAAAAGCACACAGCUGUCAUAAAAACAUGUCGAAUAAGGGGAGGGAACAGGCUUAUUUCUGUGUUUUCUCGUCUAGUUCAAGAAAGAAAUGUUCCUCAAGAAUAGUUGCCAUUUAUUGUGUAGUGGCUUAGAUAAAGCUAAAAGAAAUAAUGGAACAUAGCAGAAACCUGUAAUUAAAUGAAAAAAAGAAAUAUGCUAUCUAGGUUCAGAAACGUAGCCACACACCAAAAUUUACCCACUUUUUUUUUUUUUUCACGCAUAUGGCACAGUGAAGUUGCACUGAAAAGUGGGACUGAUAUGGCCUGCUGUCCAUCAAAGGGUUAGAACUUGCCCAAAAUAUUUCCCGUGGUUGUGCUCGCUGCUUUUCCCACUGUACUUAAGCUCAAAGCUACCCUGAGUGGAAUGCUGAGGCCAGCUGCACUGUGACCUCUGCCCUGCCCUUACUGUACCAUCUUGUCCUUUCUGAAUCUACUAUCCUCAACCACCUGCACCUUAUCACAGCAGUUGAGAUGGUUUGACAUGGGAAGAAAAAAAUAAUAAAAAUAAAGAUAUGCACCUCCAACCAAA